UAGAUAGAUAGAUAGAUAGAAAGAAGAAAAGUAGCGAAAACAAAACAUGACGUCACAUCAACCCAGCCGCAGAGGCUGCUGGGAGAAUCUUGCUGUGCUGGAGACAUUUUGGAUUUAAAGGGGCUGAGCUAGCCGUCAGUCCUAGCUCUCGGUUUCCCUGAGCAACAUAGAAGAUGUCCACCAUGGUGUAUCCACGGGAAGAGAAGCUGGAGAAGCUCUCUCAGGAAGAGAUCAUCUCCAACACGAAGCUGGUAAUCCAGGGUCUGGAGGCCCUGAAGAAUGAGCACAACUCAAUCCUCCACAGCCUCCUGGAGACCAUCAAGUGCCUAAAGAAGGAUGAAGAGGCCAACCUGGUGCACGAGAAAUCCAACCUGCUCCGCAAGUCAGUGGAGAUGAUUGAGCUGGGCCUGGGAGAAGCACAGGUGAUGAUGGCCCUCUCCAACCACCUGAACGCGGUGGAGUCUGAGAAGCAGAAACUGCGCGCUCAGGUGAGGAGGCUUUGCCAGGAAAACCAGUGGCUGAGGGACGAGCUGGCCAACACCCAGCAGAAGCUGCAGAAGAGCGAGCAGAGUGUGGCCCAGCUGGAGGAGGAGAAGAAGCACCUGGAGUUCAUGAACCAGCUCAAAAAAUAUGAUGAGGACAUCUCACCCACUCAGGAGGAGAAGGACCGCGAGACACCGAAGGACUCCCUAGAUGACCUCUUCCCCAAUGACGAGGAGGAGCAUGGGCAAGGAAUGCAGCACCAACACAACAGCGCCGCCGUGGCUGCAGCCCAGCAGGGAGGCUACGAGAUCCCAGCUCGUCUGAGAACCCUGCACAACCUGGUGAUCCAGUACGCCUCCCAGGGCAGGUAUGAGGUGGCUGUCCCCCUCUGCAAGCAGGCUUUGGAGGACCUGGAGAAGACCUCUGGACACGACCACCCAGACGUGGCCACCAUGCUCAACAUCCUGGCUUUGGUCUAUAGGGAUCAGAACAAAUACAAAGAGGCCGCCCAUCUGCUCAACGAUGCUCUGUCCAUCCGGGAGAAAACCCUGGGCAAAGACCAUCCUGCUGUUGCUGCAACUCUGAACAACCUGGCUGUGCUGUAUGGAAAGAGGGGGAAGUACAAGGAGGCCGAGCCUCUGUGUAAGAGGGCUCUGGAGAUCAGAGAAAAGGUCCUGGGGAAGGACCACCCCGAUGUGGCCAAACAGCUGAACAACCUGGCCCUACUCUGCCAGAACCAGGGCAAGUACGAAGAGGUGGAGUACUACUACUGCCGCGCCCUGGAGAUCUACGAGUGCAGGCUGGGCCCAGAUGAUCCCAAUGUCGCCAAAACCAAGAAUAACCUGGCGUCCUGCUUUCUCAAACAGGGGAAAUACAAGGAGGCCGAGGUCCUGUACAAAGAGAUUCUGACUCGUGCUCAUGAGAAAGAGUUUGGAUCUGUCGAUGCUGAAAACAAGCCCAUCUGGAUGCAUGCAGAGGAAAGAGAGGAAAUGAGCAAGGGCAAGCACAGAGACAAUACUCCGUACGGAGAGUAUGGCGGCUGGUACAAGGCCUGCAAAGUCAACAGCCCCACAGUGAACACCACCCUGAGGAACCUGGGGGCCCUGUACCGCCGACAGGGCAAGCUAGAGGCUGCUGAGACCCUGGAGGAGUGCGCUGUGAGGUCUCGCAAGCAGAGCAACACAGGCAUCGACCCCAUCAACCAGACACGUGUGGUGGAGAUCCUGAAGGAUACAGACGGUGACAGGCGGAGGAGCAGGGACAGCCUGUCCAGCGUUAAGUAUGAGAGCGGCUCUGAGACCGGCGAGGAAGCCUAAGCCAUCAAGAUUAUUCCUCCAUCCUUCUCUCCUUCCCCAACACAAUAGCAAAAAGGAUGCGUGUCCCCUCUGGCCUUCUCUGUCCCAACAAUACAACAGCUCCUCUACCAUUCCCGGCGCCCUCUCCUCCGGCAGAGACUCAGAAACGCUCCCCCCCACUCCUGGUUAUCACCUCUGUCCUCUGUUCAUCUGACAGCUGCUGCUGGGACGUUUGGUCUUCUCAUCUCUGCUCUGUCCUUUUUCCUCUCACUAACCCCGUGUCGCACACUGUUUCAGAAAUCGUCACUUCAACUAUCUCUCUCACUUAACAUUAAAAGAACAAAGUCAUAGUGUGUGAAAUCUUUUCCCUGUGAGGAAGUUACUUGCAUAUUUUCCUCUCUCCAACAACCAUUUGUAAUAUUUCAUAGGUGCAUAGUAGAUUUAUUUGGCUAGAUAGAGGAGCAGGAGAGUAGUGUAUUGGAAGAAGGCAAAUCAGAAUUGCUGAAAGACCUCUAGGAUCAGUGUCACCUUUUGACAGCAGCCAUGGCUCCAGACAUCACUCCAACCUUUGUAGUGUUUGUUCCCAAGACAGUUUGUUCUAGUCCUGCCCUGCUAUGCUGUGACUGGCGACUGCUUGUUACCUCUACACACAGUGAAAGGGUCUAUCUAUGAGCAUCACUCUACGAUUCUGUCUUAAAACCAAACCAUGAUCUUUUCCUAAAUCUAAUAGUUUUUUUUUACCCUAAACUGACUGAAAACUUGAAAAUAUUUUUUGAAAAUGAAAAUAGUAAGUCAGCUGGCAGUAAAUCCAGAAAUAGUAAGUCAUCAUUUGGUUUCACAUGGGACACAAAUGAGGUGAAAGUUCAGUGUGUCACCCAAUUAUCCACUUAGCCUCCUCCCUACUUGGACUUUGUUGCUAUUUAUGCAACAUCCCGUGACUUCUGAAAGCUUUGUAGUAAAGGUACAUCACACUCUAGUGUAUAGAAAGCAGUAAUGACUGUCAGUUGUGGCCGCAGAUCUUUAACUUGUGUGGCUGUUAAUGGGUUUGAAGUCAAGAAAAAAAGCCUCCUGGCAGAACAGGAAGCCCUAGUCAGUCACAGCACAGUGAGGCAAUACUUGGUGAAACUUUCUUGGGAGAAAGAAUAGCACCGCCAACACAGAGAUGGUUAAAACAAUCACUAUAAAAUCAAUAUAUUAGAAAGUGACUGAUUUCCACAGUUGCUUAACAUUGGUCUCACCCAGAAUAUGUUUGUUGCCUUGAGCGCUCAGCAAGUGAAAUUUGACCUCGGAGCUUGCUUCCAACCUGGUGCCUGUAUUUAGCCAUUAUAGUCUCUUUUCUUUCUUUUAACAAAAGUAUUUUUUUUUCUGUUUCUAAUGCUCUAAUGAGAUCAAAUGCCUGAACAGUUGCCUGGAAAUAAAUGGUACCACGUAGCUUCUCAUGCUAACCAAAAUAUUCAUUUUAACUUCUGCAGCCUAGUUGGUAGGAAAUGAGAAAGGGAGCAUUGCUAUUUUUGUUUUUAUAGAUAUAUUUACUUUAAAUUUUUAUAUAAUUUUGUUUACAUUUUUUAAAUGUUGAUUAUUUUGUGGCUGAAUAUUAAGGCGGUAGUUUGUCAACAAUGCCAUGCCUGCUGUGAAAGACCAGAAGCGCCGACGUCAAAAAAAAAACAAAAAAAAACAAAGCUGUCAGCCAAUUGGUUCGACCACAGCAAGCUCUUGUUGCCAUGGUAAUUUAUCUACAAGUUGCUCUUACUGGCUUCAGUGUCUUUGGUUUGAUACGAGUGUUCACACUGGCUCUGCGCUGGUACAACAUGUACACAGCAGCUUGCAUUUACAAAGGGAAUUGGCAACAUUGGCUGAUCUUGUAAAGCCAACAUCGUGCAUAGAUACUGGCCACCCGAGAGAUUGAUAAAUUAUCAUAAUAGAUUUCAAAAUAAAGGACGUAAAUGCCCAGAAUUGCCUUUAUUUGUUGGUGUAGGAGUUUAAGCUAGUAUUAAUGGAAGCCUGGAUUCCGCAGUAGUUCUAGUGUGUAUUUGUGUAUGUUUUGGUGGUACAGUCACAGUGCCCACUCUGGCUAUGGAUACUGUAUUUGAACACAAAGCUUGAUGGAGUUGUGUGUUGCCUUUUUCCUUACACGUUCGUUUGCAAGUAAACAUUGUCACUUUGGUGAAUCAUGUUUUAAGACACAGAAAGUUCAGUGCGAGUGUUUCAAGAUCAACAUGUUAUUUCAGAUGUUUAACUUAACUGAAUGUAAACAGACUUUAACAUCUUGGAAGUGUAAUUGUAGGCUGUAUUUAUAGAUUUGACAAGUGCAUUCACUAUACGGCUGUUCAGUAUGCUACUUGCCUUGAUUCUUCAUUCCUUCCAACGAGUAACUCCUAUACUUCUAAUGCAACUCUGAUCAAAAGAAUUGACUAUGUACAUCACAUAAUUAUGACAAUAUUGUUGUGUUAGUGGAAUGCUUAUUUAUUGAACUGUCUAUUCUUGACAUAUAUAGUGUGACUUCAGUUUCCUAAAGUGGAAGAACAUAAAUGGUAAGGUCUAUAAGCACUAUCUUAGUAAGUAGGACUGCAUUAUAUAUUGCCAUUCUGCAUUGUGAUGAUUACUGCAUCAACACUUGUUGGUAUUCUCAAAUAAAGUUUUUCAUUUGUGAAGUUUUGUCUUUUCUCUGCAUCGGAUGGUGAG